AUGGCCGACAGGUUCCCGUCGCUGGAUGAGAUCGAUGCCGGCCAGACCGAGGCCCGCGGUGAGGCUGAUUUCGACCUCGUUGGCGGCGCCGCGGACGAGGGCGACUUUCUGAGCCGCGAGCGCGCACUACUAGGCGAGGACGCCGACCAGUUUGCGGCACCCGCCGACAACGCUGCUACUGUCGAAGACGCUGGCGAUGACGACCUUUUGGGCGGCGGCGGCGGCGGCGACUUCCCCGCCAUCGGCGACCAAGAAGAGAUGUCUGGCUUUGAGAGCUCUUUCCCGGCGAUAGACACGUCCAACGAGCACAUGGCUCCUGGUGGUACCAUUACCGGCAGCACUGCUCCUUUCCUUCCCGGCGCGCCCCAGUCCUCGUCGUUCGCGCCGGCCGCCGACGAACCCGAGCCUGAGGUCAUCCGCGAAUGGCGUGAGCGCCGCGAUCUUGCCAUCCAGCACCGCGACCAGAUCUCGGACGAGAAGAAGCAGGGGACGGUCAAGGCGGCGCACGAGGCCAUUGACGACUUCUACGACAACUACAACAACAAGAAGGAGAAGGGCAUUGCUCAGACCCGCAAGGAAGAGGAGGAGUUCCUGAACAGCAGGGACGACACGACGGCGGGCGGCACCAGCUGGGAACGCAUUGCGAAGCUCGUGGACCUGAGCGGCAAGGGCGCGCGUGGCGGUGGCAGCGGCAGCGAGAAGCAGAAGUUCAGGGAAUUGCUGCUCAGCCUGCGGAAGGAUGAGAAGGCGCCUGGCGCAACCGGCUACUAG